AUGGCGAGCGACGCGGGGCUGAGCUUCAAAGUGGUGGACGAGGACAGCGUGCAGAGGUUCAUCAGAAGUGCCGCCUACAACGAGCUGAUCGACUUCAUCACGCACCUAAACAGUUCCGUCGUGGCGGUGGAGAUGCAUCCCUUGGACCACUUCUACUCACGGGAGGACGCCACCGAAGUGGCCACGCCCACAGGUGAAGUAGCCGCGCCCACAGGCGAAGUAGCCGCGCCCACAGGCGAAGUAACCCCCCCCAGUGAGCAAGUCGAAAACAUCCUGCUCAUCUCGCGCAACGUGCAAAACGUUCUAACGCUCGUAAAGCGCAUGGACAAGUGCAUAGACCUCUGCCCCCCCAUAAAGCAACCCACUCGGUUUGGCAACAAAGGCUUCCAACUUUUCUGCGAUGAGUAUUACAAAGAGAUUGACGAAAGCUUGCCAGAGAUUUUAGCCCAAUCGGGUUUGAAGAACCUAUCGGAGCAUACCUUCCAGUUAGGUUACUACUUGAAGAACUCAGUUGGGAAUAGGAAGCGAAUUGACUACGGCACAGGGCACGAGUUGAAUUUUUUGCUCUUCCUCUUUUGCCUCAACAAGCUGCAGUUUUUUGGCCCCCCCGACCACAAGCACCUCGUCCUCGUUCUCUACCGCCAAUACCUCGAAUGCGUCAGGAGAAUCCAAAUCACCUACACCGUGGAGCCCGCAGGGAGCAGAGGCGCCUGGGGGCUGGACGACUUCCAGUUUUUAGUUUUUCUCUUCGGCGCUGCGCAGUUGUCCUACAACACGCAGAUAAAGACGGACGAUAUCGAAAAGAAGGAACUGCUGGAGUUGUGGGCACCCAAGUACCUCUACUUUGACGCGUUGAAAUACAUUUCGAUGCUGAAGCACGCCCCCUUUCACGAAUCCUCCCAAAUGUUGUACGACAUUUCCGGUGUGGAGACAUGGGAGAAAAUCUGCUCGGGGCUGCUGAAGAUGUACCAAGCGGAGAUCAUCCAGAAGCGCCAAAUCCUGCAGCACAUUCUGUUCGGCAAACUGAUUGACUUUUGA